AUGGCCGACACAGAGCCUUCGCCAGACUCACCGGAGGUCGAGGACAAGUGGCCGAGCGGGCAGAUGCAGCAGGAAACAACCGCAGCAGAAGAGGAGGACAUGCACGAAGAUGCAGGCUCCCACGCGGCAUCCGAAGACACAGACGAGAGAGCUCCGCCGACUUCCAGCGCACCACAAACGCCGGCGGAGAUGCCCACACCUACUCCCCCGACCCCCAAACUCAAUGUGCCUGAGCCAGAGGAAGCAGACUCGCGGCGCACCGCCGAGUUCUUCGACCAGCGCAUGCACAGCGACACGCGUCCACGCACCGAUUCGCAGUCCACGACCGCCACGGCUGCAACAACAGCCACGCGACCCUCGGCACGGAGCUCGCUGGUCUUUGUAAUUACAGCGUUGGAGAAUAUAGCUGCAUCCAAAGAUGCGAAGAAGAACAAGAAGCUGGGGGAUUCGGUCGCAACGGCCUUGGCAGCUAUCAAAGCAGAGGGCGACCCUUCACGCAUAAACCCCGAGAUACUCUUCCAACCGCUUCAGCUAGCCUCCGAGGCUCCAUCAGUGCCCGUUUCGAUAGUAGCGUUGGACUGCAUAGGUAAGCUGAUCAGCUACUCGUACUUCUCCGUGCCUUCCGAGUCGCAGGGCGACAAUGAGGCUGCGCCCCUCAUCGAGAAGGCUAUAGACACAAUAUGCGAGUGCUUCCAGGGUGAAGCGACUCCGCCGGAUGUGCAGCUCCAGAUCGUCAAGUCCUUGCUAGCUGCCAUCCUCAACGACAAGAUCGUAGUACACGGUGCGGGACUGCUGAAGGCUGUGCGAUUAACCUACAACAUCUUCUUGCUUUCCAAGUCGAGCGCAAACCAGCAGGUCGCGCAGGGAGCAUUGACACAGAUGGUUGGCACGGUCUUUGAAAGAGUCAAGAGCAGGCUGGCAGCGAAAGAAGCUAGAGUCAACCUUUCACGCGUGUCAUUGAACGACAAGGACCCUUCGGAAGAGAAUGUCCCCGAGGAGGCCGAGGUCGAAACAGAAUUCACAAAUGGUACCGAAAGAAGCACAGAUGAUGCGGAAGAGGAGCGAUAUGACCCCGAGUCUGGUGAGCCCAGCGACAAGCCAGUAGACAAACACACCGGCCCCAAGAUCACUCUGCAGAGCUUCGAGAACAAUAUGAGCUUCAACGACGACCGGAUACACGACAACGCGCCGACCUUAGUUACACGGAUAAAGGGCAAGCCAGGGUCAAGGCAAGUUUCUGGCGUAGAAGCUUCGCCAAAUCCGCAAGAGGGCGAAGGCUCAGACGAAGAGGAAGAAGAUGAGAUAUUUGUCAAAGAUGCUUAUCUGGUUUUCCGCGCCAUGUGCAGGCUGAGCACUAAGACCCUUGCGGUGGACCACGCGCUGGAUGUAAAGUCGCAAGGGAUGCGCUCAAAGUUGCUGUCUCUUCAUAUCAUUCACACCAUAUUACACAACAAUAUUGCCGUCUUCAUUUCGCCAUUUGCAACGAUAAGAAGCGGCAGUGGCGAUGAGCCCACUACGUUUGUACAGGCAAUCAAGCAGUACCUCUGCUUGAGCCUGAGUCGCAACGGUGCGAGCUCUGUCAACAAGGUCUUCGAGGUGACGUGCGAGAUUUUCUGGCACAUGCUUAAAUACUUGCGCGUCAUGUUAAAGAAGGAGGUCGAGGUGUUUUUGAAGGAGAUCUACCUUGCCACCCUAGACAAGAGAAGUGCACCGGCGUUCCAAAAACAAUACAUUUUGACAGUAUUUCGACGGUUAGCAGCUGAUCCUCGUGCGCUGGUAGAAAUUUACCUCAACUACGACUGCGAUCGCACCGCGCUCGAUAACAUGUACCAACGCGUUGUUGAGCAUCUUUCCAAGAUAUCAAGCACGCCGGUCACUGUGUCGCCUAUGCAGCAACAGGCCUACCAAGAACAGCGCGAGAAGCAAGCGAAGGCUUCGGAUUGGCAGACCAGAGGGACUUUGCCUCCCUCGUUAUCCACAGCAUCGAUGAACGUCCCUCAUGAAAGCGAGCACGCGUAUCCACCCGAAUAUGCUAUGAAGCAGGAGUCGUUAGAAGGCCUUGUGGAAAUUCUGCGAUCGCUGGUGAACUGGUCGGAACAGUCUGUCACCAGCGGUGCAAGAAACUCGACUGUGGAUUUGAGGGGUUCGGUCGACAACCUCAGGGCUUCUACCGAUAACAGGACUAUUUCCGAAUCUCCAAAUGUGGGAGGUGACUCAGGGACCGUGACACCAAUGGUGGAGGACGAUUAUGGUGAACUGGAGAAGGCGAAGCAGAAGAAGACCGCUCUAACAAGGGCUGUCCGCGAGUUCAAUUACAAACCAAAGCGCGGAUUGAAGACGUUGAUCAAAGAAGGAUUCAUCGCAUCAGAAUCUCCCGAAGACAUUGCCCGGUUCUUCCACGAGACCGAUCUCGUGGACAAGGGACCGCUUGGCGAGUUCCUAGGAGAAGGCAAUGAAGAAAACAUCAAAAUCAUGCACGCUUUCGUGGACCAGCUGGAUUUCACCAAGACGCGGUUCACUGACGCUCUGCGACGUUUCCUGCAAUGCUUUCGGUUACCUGGCGAGGCUCAGAAAAUUGAUCGAUUUAUGCUGAAGUUCGCCGAAAGGUAUACCACCGGUAAUCCUAAUGCUUAUGCAAACGCCGACACCGCAUAUGUUCUUUCAUAUUCAGUAAUCAUGCUGAAUGUGGAUCAGCACAGCAAGAAGAUGAAAGGUCCUCGCAUGACUCUAGAAGACUUCAUCAAGAACAACCGUGGUAUCAAUGACGGUGCCGAUUUACCGGAUGAGUAUAUUCGAGAUAUCUACGAGGAAAUCGCGAAGAAGGAGAUUGUGUUGCAAACAGAACAAGAAGCUGCAGCAGAUAAAGGACUUUUACAGCCUCAACAACAAGGAGGAUUGGCUGCAGUCGGUCAAGCUUUGAUUGGUGGUGGGCGAGAUCUUCAAAGAGAAGUCUACGUUCAAGCAUCGGAGGCCAUGGCCAACAAGACCGAACAACUGUACAAACAGCUUCUCCGCGCUCAACGAAAGACCACAAGGGCACUGCCAGUCUCCAAGUUCAUCCCUGCAUCCUCAUCUAAACACGUUGGACCAAUGUUCGAGGUCACCUGGAUGCCUUUCCUUACCGCGCUGUCUGGUCAAGCCCAGGAUCACAACAUUGAAAUAGUAAGGCUCUGUAUUGAAGGCAUUAAACUGGCCAUUCGCAUCUCCUGCAUAUUCGAUGUGGAGAGCGCCCGACAAGCUUUCGUUGCAUUCUUGGCUCGCUUCACCAAUCUCUAUAAUCUGAGUGAGAUGAAAGCCAAGAACAUGGAAGCUCUGAAGGUUUUGAUUGAAAUUGCAAACACAGAGGGCAAUCUGUUGCGGGAGUCUUGGCGCGAGGUGUUAACCUGCGUCUCUCAACUCGACCGCUUCCAGCUCAUAUCGGCCGGGAUCGAUGAACGCUCAGUACCUGACGUUUUGAAGACCCAGUCGCCAGGUGGAACGCAAUCGCGAAAAUCGCUCAAUGUGCCGAAUAACAGGAGACGACAAAUUUCGCAUACGAACAGUAUGCAAUUCCAGGCGGACGUUGCCGAGGAGAGCCGCUCCACUGACAUUGUGAGAGGCGUUGACCGGAUAUUCACUAGCACAGCCAACCUUUCUGGAGAGGCCAUCGUCGACUUCGUCAAGGCGCUGACCCAAGUCAGCUGGCAGGAGAUCCAGUCCUCAGGCCAAAGUGAGUCGCCUCGCACAUACAGCUUGCAGAAACUCGUCGAGAUUAGCGGCUACAAUAUGACUCGUGUUCGUUUCGAAUGGACGAACAUCUGGCAAAUACUUGGCGCACAUUUCAACGAAGUCGGCUGCCACACAAACACAAACGUUGUUUACUUUGCUCUCAACUCAUUGCGACAACUGUCGAUGAAGUUUAUGGAAAUCGAAGAGCUUCCUGGUUUCAAAUUUCAGAAGGACUUUCUAAAACCCUUUGAACACAUCAUUAGCAAUGCUAGUGUCGUGUCGGUCAAAGACAUGGUACUGCGUUGUCUCAUUCAGAUGAUCCAGGCGCGAGGCGAAAAUAUUCGCUCUGGUUGGAAGACUAUGUUUGGAGUCUUCACUGUGGCUGCACGUGAGCCAUACGAGGGCAUCGUCAAUCUUGCGUUCGAGAAUGUAUCGCAGGUGUACAACACGCGCUUCGGCGUAGUGAUCUCGCAAGGCGCUUUCGCAGAUUUGAUCGUUUGCCUCACCGAGUUCUCCAAGAACUACAAAUUCCAGAAGAAGUCACUACAAGCUAUCGAAUUACUGAAGUCAUCCGUACCGAAGAUGCUGCGUACCCCCGAGUGUUCGCUCUCGGCUAGAGCUGGAUUUGUGAAAGAGUCUGACAAAGGCUCAUCAAUACCCAAGCAACCGACUCGACAGACGCAAGAAGAGCAGUUUUGGUUCCCUGUGCUGUUUGCGUUCCACGAUGUCUUGAUGACGGGCGAAGAUCUGGAGGUACGAUCAAGAGCACUCAGCUACCUCUUUGAGACUCUCAUAACCUACGGUGGCGACUUCCCGAGGGACUUCUGGGAUAUGCUCUGGCGGCAGCUACUCUACCCCAUCUUCAUGGUAUUGAAGUCGAAGUCGGAGAUGUCGAAGGUCCUAAACCACGAGGAAUUGUCUGUCUGGCUUUCCACAACGAUGAUCCAGGCUCUGCGAAAUAUGGUCCGGCUAUUCACUCACUUUUUUGAAUCUCUAGAAUACAUGCUCGAUCGUUUUCUUGAUCUUCUGGCACUCUGUAUUUGCCAGGAGAACGAUACCCUUGCUCGAAUCGGCAGUAAUUGUUUGCAGCAAUUGGUAUUGCAGAACGUUCAGAAGUUCACCCCCAGGCACUGGAAUCAGAUCGUCAGGGCAUUUGUCGACCUGUUUGUACGGACUGAAGCGACAGCGUUGAUGUCGGCUGCCACAGCAGGCACACCGUCCCAGUCACAGACCCCCAAUGGCUUCAAUGGAGUUGAUGGCGAGAAAACCCCUACAGCACCCGCGAAAGAGCUUUCGCUCCAGAAUCCUAGGGAAGAGGAAUCAACCAGCAACAACGCCCUUGGAAUCAACGGCCUUAACAGCCCACGUCGACCGUCCAUAGUAACAAAUGACUCCACGAACUCUCUCGCCGCAGAGCAAAAACGCAUGCCAUCGCCACUGCCCAAACGUCAAACCCAAGAGCUUGAAGACUUCCGACCUGAAAAUCAAGACGUCCCGCAACCCCCCGUAGUCGUCACCGCUGCCCGUCGACGCUUCUUCAACCAGAUCAUCACCAAAUGCGUUCUCCAGCUCCUCAUGAUUGAAACCGUCCAAGAGCUCUUUACCAACGACGCAGUCUACGAAAAAAUCCCCUCGGGUGAGCUCCUCCGCCUCAUGGCCGUCCUCAAGAAAUCCUACCACUUUGCCAAGCGCUUCAACGCGGAUCGCGACCUCCGUACCCGCCUCUUCAGAGAAGGCUUCAUGAAGCAACCGCCCAACCUCCUCAAGCAAGAAUCCGGCUCCGCCUCCGUUUACGUCAGCAUCCUCUUCCGCAUGUAUCACGACACCUCUACCGACCGCGCCGCCUCGCGCGCGGACACAGAAGCGGCGCUCAUUCCGCUCUGCGAGGACAUCAUAUCGUCGUACAUUGAGCUCGACGAGGAAACGCAGCAGCGCAACAUCGUCACCUGGCGGCCUGUCGUCGUCAGCGUGUUGGACGGGUACUGCGGGUUUCCGCCCGGCGAGUUUGAGAAGCAUGUGGAGGUUUUCGCGCCGCUGGUUGUGGGGCUAUUGGGCACCGAGCUGGCGCACGAUAUCCAGAGGGCGGUGCAGGCGCUCGUUAUGAGAGUGUUUGAGAGUAAAGCUGGCAUCGAGAGGGUGCCGCUUAUGACGCCGGCGGUGGGUGGGUCGAGGAGUCCGAGGGGAAGUUUUGUCGGGAGUCCGAAGUUGGACCGGAAGGCAAGUCGGGGGAAAUGA